AUGAGACUUGAUAAAGCAUUUCGUGUAAUUCUUAAUUCUCCAAUAUUUCCACAUAUGACUGUUCAACGAGCAACCGAUCGAUCAGUACGAUUCGGUGCUCAAGAUGAAUCCCAUUUACGUAUAUUUAUUAUUAAAGCUUCAGCAAAUGAUUGUGGUAAUUUAUGUAAAGAAUUAGAAUCACGUAUACAAAUAAUUGAACGACAACAAUCAUCAUCAAAUGUUAAUUCGGCUGCUAAAAAUGAUACCAAUAUAUUAGAUUCUUCUUCUACGGAAAAUUCAGCAAAUCGUAUUCGUAAACGAUCACAUUCAAAAAGUGAUUCGGAUACAGACGAUAAUACAAAUGAUUUAUCAAAAAAAUCGAAAUUAAUUGAAACAUAUCGAGAUGGAAAUAAUGAUACAAGUGAUGAAGAUUCUGUAGAAAGUACUAAAACAGGCGAACAAGAAACUACUACAUAA